UAAAGGUGACCGAGCUCGAGGGGCUGCACCAGCCCGGGGGAGCAGACAACCUGCUUGAAAUGGUUGAACCAUGGCUGCGGAAAGAGCGUGAACUGCGACCAAAGAAAGCAGAAGAGUACAAGAAGAAGCAAGAGGAGAAGAAGCGUCUUGAGAAAUCAUCUCCAAGCAAAGCAGCUCAGGAUCGGUUCCCAUCUACCCCGGCGUCCCGUCAAGGAGAGUCGUUAUGGGGUGCAGGAAGACACAUGGCCUUCUAUCGAUGACAAUGGAAGAACACUAAGCCAUCUCCUCUUCUAAUCCAGUUAUUCCUGAGAAGAUUGGGGAGCACACUGACAUCCACUAUUUCAUAGCAGCCGUGCAAUGCGCGGUAAGGUGCGCAGGCAGCCUAACGAUGAAACGCAGGGAACAGCAUUCUUUGCCUGUGGAUGUCUGUGGGGAUCAUUGUGCCCUUGUGGGAUGCAUGUCCACUACUUGCUGGAUACAGCCCCAUGUUUUGUUGUGAUUCUCUCCUCUUAGGGUUUGCUAAACCACCGGCAGUACUUGGCCCAGCUAUUGGCCAUGGGAAAAAAAUAGAGUAGAGACGUUUCUAGUCGGAUGAAUUUGGGCGCUCCUGUAGUGGCCCGUACGUUUUUUAAAUCAUGGAGCGUUAACAGGCACGACUUUAGGAAGUACUGGUGGUUUCAAUAAAUAGACUGCUAAGUUGGGAUGUGGUCAUCCUGGAAGAAAGCACCUUGUGGAAAGGUCUUCUUUGAAUAGAUUUGACAUGUAAUAUGAUCUGUGAUGGGUAGAAAGCUGUUGCAAGUUGCAACACAUCACCAGAUAAUGUGGGGUUGCAUUCAACAACGAAAUGUGCACACACACUUGCAUCCUCCUGAUGAGUCGGUGAAAGUCCAACGAAAGUCUGACACGGUCAUACUUCAUUUUGUUGAGUUGUGUAUAGCGAACAUGACAACACGCACGCAUGCACAAGGUCUGGUUACACAAACGCUCGAUUCUUCCCAUCGGAAGGUUUUAUAUUUUUCGCUUGCUUGACCCGGUUUGGUGCAUGAGAAAUAACAAGAGACAGUAAAUGUGUAAGGACCUG